UCUGCCCGCCGAGGGGGUGUGGCCGGCUCUCGGCCGUGCGCGCGGUCCGUAAAGGCGCGCGGAGAAAGUCGCGAGUUUACUGGGCGCGCUCUAGUCCGCGGGAUGCAGCCCGUGGUGCUGGUCACCGGCGCUAGCAGUGGCAUCGGCUCUGCCCUAUGCAAGCGGUUACUGCAGGAGGACGCUGGGGUCCGGCUAUGCCUGGCCUGCCGGAGCAUGCAGAAGGCCGCUGCCACCAAGGCCGUGCUGCUGGCCACCCACCCUGCCGCCCAGGUUACCUUCGUGCGCCUGGAUGUCAGCAGCCUGGAGUCUGUCUUGCGGGCAGCCAGCGAGAUCCAGCGCAGGUUCCAGCGCUUGGACUAUCUCUUCCUGAAUGCUGGGACCAUGCCAAAUACCCAUGUUAACUUCAAAGCACUGAUCUCUGGUCUCUUCUCCGGGAAAGCAGUCCAUAUGCUGAGCACAGCAGAGGGACUGUUAACUCAAGAAGACUGCAUCACUGCAGAUGGCCUGCAGGCUGUGUUUGAAACCAACCUCUUUGGACACUUUAUACUGAUUCGUCAGCUUGAGCCUCUGCUAUGUUGCCUUGAAAAGCCCUCCCUGCUCAUCUGGACGUCUUCCAGCAAUGCCAGGAAGUCUGCUUUCAGUCUCGCUGACUACCAGCACAGCAAAGGCAAAGAGUCUUACAGUUCCUCCAAAUAUGCCAUUGACCUUGCUAGUGUGGCUCUGAACAAGCACUUUAACAAGCAGAUCCGCUUUUUCACCAAGUCUUACACACUAACUCCAUACAAUGGAGCAGAAGCUCAGGUAUGUAGCAUGGCUUGCACCUCAAAUCACUACUUGUCUGCAGUGUGCAACUCCUCCCAGCCCCCAGGUGUCUGGUGCUGGCUGUGAAUGCCUCCUCUGCCAGAUGGAUACAUACAAAGCAGUGUUUCUCUACUCUUGCCCUGUACAUCUGAAUCACUUUCCACAGUAAGUGCUAAGACACUGAGCUGGUAUCUGAGGUUCUUCAAACAAAUGGUUUUUCACUCUCUUCUUCUUCACCUAUUCAGAGAGACCCUGUGGUCUCUAGAUCUUAGUGAUGGUCCCUUCUGCCCUUACCCAAGCCAGGACCUGUAUCCCUUCUGGCCUUACAGGUCAGAGCAAAUGGCUGUAACACAAGUCAUCGAACUGAACCCAGUAACGCCUACCUCAAACAGAAACCACAAGCAGCUUGUGUUGAACCAUGGCAUAUCUUGCUAAAGACAUGGUAAGUGUAACUAGUGUCUAUUAGGAGCAUGGACUGUGGUGUUCCCAGUACCACAGGGAGUAGAGCAGCCAGCUGCCUCUCUGGAGCUUAAGUGGAAUAUCUCAUUGAGGAAACUGGGCAGUUUGGCAUCCUCUUCCCUCUGCAUGUUGUCAAGUUGUUUUAUUCUAAACUGCACAGCUGUCCAAACAAGCUGGACUACCUGCCCACACAACUAUGCUAUUGUCUUUAAAGGUAUGGCUCCUCAAACAAAAGCCAGAGUCACUGGAUGCACUAA